UGGGGAGGUUGUGUCGACGUUGUGUUCGCUCCCCGCCCCUCCGAGUUGAAUGUUACGAUCCUGUGCACAAGAGAUGCGUCCUGGAGGAAUACGGGGAUAGGAUACGUCUCCGGACUUUGUGCGCUCUCUGCGAUUUGCAGAUACGCCUACGGCAAACGAUCUGAAAUCUAUACCGAGUAUGGAUGUUUGAAACCUGAAGAAAGAUGUGAGAUGCUCUCUCUUGGUCAAAUCAUCUGUUGGUUGUGCUACAGCCUCCUGAUGAUCUGUUCUUUGUUUCCAAUACAGACGAAGACGCGUGAAUGCUCAGAUGUCCCUGCAUUUCAGUCCUUUAGACUCGCAUCUCGCAUUCUGGCCUUUUCUAGAUAG